GGGAGGCUCCGAGCGUCAUGGCGGCUUCUGGCCCGCUCCCGGGGACGCCGGACCUGGCCACGUUGUGCGCCAAGUUGCAGGGGCUGAUGCGCUUCCUGAGAGAAGCCCUGCCUAUUUCCAACGCGCACACGGUGGAUUUCUACACGGAGUCCGUGUGGAAGCAACAGGUCGACUUGCCCCCGGACACGGUGCUGGCGGUGCUGAGGGAGUCGGCAGCCCAGGCGCGGCCCUCGGAAGCGCGCCCCCUGCUGGAAGGCGAGAGGGGAGCAGAUAUUAAAGAUUUCCCCAAAAUAUUUUGUGAAACUUCCCAGAAGUUGGUGAGUGUGGAAGCCUUUGCUAUGACUGCGAAGUAUUAUUCUAUACAAAACUUGGGAAUUUGUACUCCUAUUGAGCAGUUAUUAGUAACCCUUGGAGGAAAUAAAAAACAGAGAACUGGUGAAAAUGUGAAACCCGAUGAGUUUAUGAAUGUAAAAAAGUCUCAUGAAGUUCAAGCAAUGUCUGAGCUGAUCAAUAGUCUUGCUGAUUACUGUGGAAUAAAGCAGGUAAUUGAUGUAGGUUCUGGAAAAGGUUACCUGAGCUCCUUUUUGUCCCUGAAAUAUGGCUUAAAAGUUUAUGGAAUUGAUUCCUCAAAUACUAACACUCAUGGAGCCGAGGAAAGAAACAGGAAAUUGAAGAAGCACUGGAAGGUCCAUCAUACUUCAUCACAAUUAGAUGUCAGUGGACUGGACUUGAAAAUGGCAAAAGAAAGGAAAGUACAUGAUGAAAUUAAACACAGAGCAUAUAAUGAAAGAGAGAGUAACAGCUAUCCUGCAAAUCAAGAAAAGAUGUUUACCUCAGACUUUCUGCCACAGAUUUCAGGCUCUGUCAUUUCUAACAUCAGAAACAAAAAGGAAAAUCUACAUGUUUAUUCAUAUCAAGGGGAAAAUUUGUGUUUUGAAAAAGCCUUUUCUCUUAUAGACCUUUUGCCUGUAAAUGCUAUAGAACCUACUUCUUUGUCCCAAACACCCAACAGAAAAAUGUCCAAAGCACAUAAAGAGAGAAGAAAGACUACAUCAAAGUUGAAUGAACCAACUAUAUAUUCACCUUUAACAUCUUUUAUCACUGCUGAUUCAGAGCUACAUGAUAUUAUUAAUGAUCUGGAGGAUUGUUUGAUGGUAGGUCUGCAUACUUGUGGUGAUCUUGCUCCAAAUACCCUGCGAAUAUUCACUUCCAAAUCUGAAAUCAAGGGAGUUUGCAGUGUGGGAUGCUGCUACCAUCUCUUAUCUGAAGAGUUUGAAUAUCCACUUAAAGACUGUAUCCAAGAAAAGUGGGGAUUUCCAAUGUGCCACUACUUAAAAGAAGAGAAAUGGUGCUGUGGUCGUAAUGCCAGAAUGUCAGCAUGUUUGGCACUGGAGCGGGUUGCUGUUGGCCAGGGGCUGCCUACUGAAUCACUGUUCUACCGUGCGGUCCUUCAGGAUAUUAUUAAAGAUUGCUAUGGCAUCACCAAAUGUGAUCGGCAUGUUGGUAAAAUUUAUUCCAAGUCCUCUUCUUUUCCGGAUUAUGUCAGAAAGUCUUUAAAGAAGCUUGGAUUAGAUGAAUCCAAGUUGCCAGAGAAAAUCAUAAUGAACUACUAUGAGAAAUAUAAACCUCGGAUGAAUGAACUAGAAGCUUUUAAUAUGUUGAAGGUUGUUCUGGCUCCUUGUAUAGAAACAUUGAUUCUUCUAGAUCGACUUUGCUACCUGAAAGAGCAGGAAGAUAUUGCAUGGUCUGCACUUGUGAAGUUGUUUGAUCCUGUGAAAUCUCCUAGAUGUUAUGCAGUUGUUGCUCUGAAGAAGCAGCAUUGAUUUCGCUUGAUGCAAGAUUUUAGAUGGCUCUGUUUGGGGAAAAUAUUGCUAUUCUUUUCUCAACAUUUAUGUCAUUCUAUGUAGAUACUGAAAUUUUUGCUAUAUAUUUUAAAUAAAAAAGAA